CUUCCAAGUUCCGGAGGGCUGAACGCGGAGGGUUGUUCACGUUGUGGGGGUGGUUCAGUUGUGCCAGGGAGCUCAAGGAGAUUGCGGCCGUCACUGCCUUGUCGGCGGGUGCAAUGCCGCUUCUUCGGGGCGUGUGGGGAGUGCUGAGUGCCCUGGGAAAGUCCGGAGCGGAUCUCUGCGCCGACUGUGGGAGUCGACUGCGUUCUCCCUUCAGAUUUGUAUAUAUACCCAGAUGGUUUUCAUCCACCUUGAGUAGGUAUCCAAAGAAGCCUAUGACUUCCUACGUUCGAUUUUCUAAAGAACAGCUAGCCAUAUUUAAAGCCCAGAGCCCAGAUGCAAGAAAUUCAGAACUAAUUAAAAAAAUCGCGGAGCUAUGGAGGGGACUUCCUGAUUCAGAGAAAAAAAUAUAUGAAGAUGCUUAUAAGGCAGACUGGCAGGCAUACAAAGAAGAGCUAAACAGAAUUCAAGAACAGCUAACUCCAAGUCAGAGGGUAUCUUUGGAAAGAGAAAUGCUGCAAAAACGUUUAAAAAAGAAAGCAAUAAUAAAAAAGAGAGAGUUAACACUGCUUGGAAAACCAAAAAGACCUCGCUCAGCUUAUAACAUUUUUAUGUCUGAAUGCUUCCAAGAAGCUAAGGAUGGUACAUCACAGUUAAGGCUGAAGACUGUAAAUGAAAACUGGAAAAAUCUCUCCAGUUCUCAAAAGCAAGUAUAUAUUAAACUUGCUGAAGAAGAUAAAGUUCGUUAUUAUAAAGAAAUCAAAUCUUGGGAAGAUCAAAUGCUUGAAGUUGGACGUGAAGAUCUUCUUCGUCGCAAAGCAAAGUCCCAACCCAAAAGCUUUGAGGAAUGUUAAAUAGAAGAUUACGUUAUGUUCAUAAUGAAUAGACACAAGAAACCAAUUAGGUCUUGAUAUCUGAAACUGUUAUAAAACUAGAAGGAUAAAGGUGGUCAACAUUUUCUACUUAAUUCCUUUUUCUUUAGACCAUGGACUUCUGCCAGUUCAAAACAUUUUGUAUUGGUAUCUUGCUUUGGAAAACUCAAACAUACAAAAGUUCAUGCAAAAUUUAUUUUGUGUUUAGAAACUACUGAGGAGCAAAAUAAUCCAUGAAAUAUAUCAGUAAUCAUUUUACCUUUGAUAAAGGUGAAUCAGACUGUGAAGGCUUUUUUAUAAUACUUGAUGACUGUGGAAAGAGUAUUCUUGUUUCCUUAUAUUAUGGAGGCAGGGGUUUCCUAUUCAGAAGUGUCCCAAGUGGUAGAGCCACAGUGUUCUAUGAUUAAUAGUGCAUUUUAAAAAGAGCACCCAGAACUCAUUUAGGUCAGUUCCAGUUCCUAGGUAUAAUGUGUGUUCAGAGCUGAUGGCUAUACAGGCAAGGGCUUGCUGGUUUCAGGUGCAGCCUUUUGUACAAGAGAUGGUCAGAUCUGUAAACCUUUUUCUCAUUUUUUUUCUUUUCCUAAAGUAAAAACUGAGAAACUAUGUACCAAAUCUAUGCAUAUUGUUUUAUAUUGCAUAGAAUACAAUUUUUGUUUCCUAAUUAUGUUUGAGGUGAAACAUUUAUUUUACAGCUUCUUUUUUUAGUAGGGAUGUGUAUUCUGAAUUAUUUUUUCUUCUCAUGAGAGUAUAUUUAUCCAGAAAGUAGAGAAUUUGUCUGGUAAGUUUUAAAAUGAGAGAUCCAGAAACAAAUUUCUAAAAUCUCUAGACUUGGCACUUGUAAUUUUAGAACAUUUUAUGUAACAUGAAGGACUACAUAAUGGACAGCCAACUCUGGCCUGUGGACCACAUUCAGCCCACUGCCUGCUUUUCAUGGCCUGUGAGCUAAGAAUUGUGUUUGCAAUUUUAAAUAGUUUUUUAAAAAAGAAUAUUUCAAGACACACGAAAAUUAAUAGAAAGGUCAAUGUUCAUAAAUAAACUCUUAUUAGAACACAGCCAUUCUCCUUUAUUAAUUUAUUAUUUAUGGCUGCAUUUGUGCAGUCGAGUAGUUGCUCCAGAGACUAGUCUGCAAAGCCUAAAAUAUUUACUGUCUGACCCUUUACAGAAAACACUUGCCAACCCAUGGUCUACAGUAUAGUGUAGUAUGACAAGCAUCAUGUGUCUGGGAUAGGUUUUUUAACCGACUGAGAGGUUCUUGUUUUAGAGUCUUUGUCACCAUUGUCUUAGGAGAGAGGUCAAAUCACAAAAGAAGCUAAACAGACUUGUCCCACAGUGUUAGCAAGAAAAAUAAUCUUGUUUCAAAUUACCUUGUAGUAUAAUAAAAGAGUUCCAUCUAGCAUGGAAUCAGAUUUUCCAGUUAUUUCCUGUGGUUUGGAAAAAUGAAUCUUAAGAGUUUUCCAGUUAGUACAUAUCACAGAAACCUUAUCAUCUUUCAGCAUUUAUCCUCAGGAGAGGCAAGCAGAAGUUUUCAAAAUUCACAUUACCUAUUUGAGCAGAAUAAUUCAUCUUUCAUCGUCAGUUGAUAGGAAUAGGAUAACUCAGAAUUUUCAUGUACCUUAUAUUAUGCAAACUACUUAGGAAUUCUCGAUUCUAGAUCUCCAGAAAAAUGUUGAGUAUUUUUAUUGUUUAUGGAUAGAAAAUAAGUAAUAAGAAUCAUGACUUGUUCUAUACUGAACUUGACAAAGUUAUGUACUGAAGAGAAACAUAUAUCUUAAGAGGAAGCUUAAGAUUUAAAUAUAUAAACUUGGGUGUUUUCAAACAAUUUUCCCCUGUGGUUAUGAAUAUGGGACAAAGUCGGCUAUGAGUUAAUUAGAUACCGUGGGGAAGAAGAGGUUGGCUAGUGUCUAGCAUAGUCUUUCUCAAUUGGGUUUCCAAGAGAGAUUAGCCCUAAUUCCCUGUGGCAUUUAGAGUAGUACUGAUUAUGUACCAUACUUAGGAGAAUGGAUAAAAUAAUUCAAGUUCUUUGCUGUGUUCUAGGCUUCAGAUGAGCCCAGGGAGCACACAGGAGUCAGUGUUUGUCAUGUAGAGUAAGUGAGGUUGAGAAACGAGUUAUGUAAACAUCUGUAAGACAAAUAUAGUAUAAAACACAUCUUUGUAAUUUAUCUUUUUCUGAACUUUUUUAGCAUUCAGCAACAUAAACUGUUUUAUACAGAACACAUUCAAAUCGUUUCUUCCCAGUUAUAUUCGGAAGUUCAGUGUCUAGUAAGUUCUCAAGUAUUUACAACUCAAUAUAAGGAAAAUGUGAAACAGUGAAAAGAGCUAGAGCAAAACCCUUUUAUGAUAAUAUCAAAUUUUAUUUGGUUUCCUUUGUUUCUAAAAGAAUGUCAUUGUUGAUGCUUUAAAUAUUAAGAUAAUCUGAGUCCACGCCUUUCUUAGUAAACUUUAGUACACGUUGAAGACUGGUAUGCAUAUACCAAAUGCCUUCCAGUUUAACAGUAUGCCCAAGUUUUUUGUUACAAAGAACAAGAAAUUAUGUCAGUAACCAGUGACCACUCAUAUAAAGCCUUACUUUUUGGACUUACAUUGACCUAACAAAGUAAUUUCUGCAGGAGCUCAAGGAGAGUGCUAGGGGGAAAGAUGCUGGAGAAAUGAAACAAAGUGGUGUUAAUGCUGUUCGAAGUCACGAAGAGGUUUGCUUUUGUUCAUUGGAGUACCAGUAUUAGAUUUGAAAUAGUUCAAUGACAGGACAGGGUUGUGUGGUAAUUUUUACUUUCUGAUGUUUGUUUAAAGGAUAUUGUGUGAAGAUUGAGUCUACUGUAAUCGUGUAAUUUUGCUAUGCUUUUGGCUAAACCAUUUCAUCAAAAUGCCAUUUUAAAAAAACAAGGCAUAUUUUUUAUA